CAUUAGCAAAAAAUUUCUCGGAGUUCUGAAAAAAAAGGUGGAAGAAGAAUGGCGGAUCAGCUCACCGAUGACCAGAUCUCAGAGUUCAAGGAAGCUUUUAGCCUCUUCGAUAAGGAUGGUGAUGGUUGCAUCACCACCAAGGAGCUCGGAACCGUGAUGAGAUCUCUGGGGCAAAACCCAACUGAAGCCGAGCUACAAGACAUGAUCAAUGAAGUUGAUGCAGACGGGAACGGGACCAUAGAUUUCCCAGAGUUCCUGAACCUGAUGGCAAGGAAAAUGAAGGACACUGAUUCAGAGGAAGAGCUGAAGGAAGCAUUCAGAGUUUUCGAUAAAGACCAGAAUGGUUUCAUAUCUGCAGCUGAGCUUCGACAUGUGAUGACAAAUCUCGGGGAGAAGCUAACCGAUGAGGAAGUUGAUGAGAUGAUCCGAGAAGCGGAUGUUGAUGGCGAUGGUCAGAUCAACUAUGAGGAAUUCGUUAAAGUCAUGAUGGCUAAGUGAGAGAAUUUUAUCAAAAACGAGAUUUAUGAUUUCCUACAGUGAAGUUUCAUCAUGACUUGGAUUAUGGGCGUUCUUUAGGACCUCGUUUGCUUUUUCCCCUCUUUUUAUAUUUGUUUGCUUUGUUUUGUUUUGGUUUGGUUGCUUAGUGUUAUCUGAAGUAUGAACUCAUAUUUGCUCAAUGCUCAUCCAUUUGACAGUUGAUA